GGUUUCCCUCACAGCUACUACUGGACCAGAACCGCGCGGUGACGGACCGCGUGGUGAUGUCUUCGGGGAUUGCGAGGGCACUGCACGGUCUGUCACCGCACCGUUUUGGGACCCCCGAUUGGCUCAAGGCAUCCCAGUUCAGGCAGACCUGGGGCAGCUUCCAUCUUGUCCGUAAUCUAACUACACACGCGAAAACAUUUGGCUCGCGGGUCCCUUCCUUUCUGUUCCGUGGUAUGGCGGUCCAGAAGGCACCUUGGACCGUGCGGUCCGCGGUUGCAUUCGUCCUCAGCAUCAGCGUACCCAUUGCGACCUCGAUCGAUGUGAGUUCCAAGUCGAAGUGUGCAGAUGACGACGCCCACAUUAUCGCGUUGGCCAGCGGCAUCGGCGUCAAGAUCAGUGGUUGUACUGAGGUACAGCCUUAUUGCGAAGAUGCGGCGUAUGGCAGCACUGUGCAGGCGACCUGCCCUGCAACGUGUGGCCUCUGCAGGGUGGCCAGCCCCAGCAGUUCCCAGGCGGCGAAGGUGCUGAUGGACAGGAGCUUCAAGGGUUCCCAGGUCGCGGAUGAUCAGCAGUCUUUGGACAGGUCUCUGGCGGCGAAAGGGCCCGACCCGACACCGAGGCCGACGCCGUGGCCGACGCCGUGGCCGACACGGUACCCGACGCCGAGGCCGACGCCGUGGCCGACGCCGUGGCCGACACGGUACCCGACGCCGAGGCCGACGCCGUGGCCGACGCCGAGGCCGACGCCGUACCCGACGCCGAGGCCGACGCCGUACCCGACGCCGAGGCCGACGCCGUACCCGACGCCGAACCCGACGCCGAACCCGACGCCGAACCCGACCCGACGCCCUACCCGACGCCGAACCCGACGCCCUACCCGACGCCGAACCCGACGCCGAACCCGACGCCCUUCCCGACGCCCUACCCGACGGCCUUCCCGACGCCCUACCCGACGGCCUUCCCGACGCCCUACCCGACG